AAGGAUUACAACCCAUCAGGCUCAGUUUCCGCAGUGGAUGUUUUCUAUGCUAUUCCCCUCCGUGGCAGCAAGUCUGACUGGCUCAACAACCAGCUCAAGCCGUGGUCUGGUUUCAGCCGCGGCGAGGCAUCAUAUACUGAUGUGCCUGGGGAACACCACACGCUGAUGGACAUCGACCAUGUCCCGCAGUUCCAGAAGAUCUUCCGCAGUCGUCUCGAGGCUCGUGGGCUGUAGACUUAUGGGGAGGCAUAUUCCGAAUAUAUUCUUGUCUUUGAUGGUUUAUUCAUUUAUAGUGGGAGUGCAUGCGUUUUCGUACUUAAUUUGCUAGAUCCGUUGCGUUGUCAUGCUUGGACUUAGAAUAUUGCAAGUAUGCGCCGUAUUUUGCUUUUGGGCUCCACUCGACGUCCUACUUCGAUCCCAUUCCAACUGGCAGGUACUGCGUACACGGCGGUCACUUUCGGAUCUCAACAGUCCGGAGAGAUGCUCGGAUGGAUUAACAGUCGCGAAUCAGGUGUUUCCUUUGGAAAACAUCGCGAGAGAACUUCGGUACAGAAGGGUGAAUAAAUGAGGUUCAGCUUACCGUAACCUCCUGGUAGCGCGUCGAGCAGGCUGGUAAGCAGCUGCAGGACGUCAUUGGAAUCAUCUGCAAACAUAAAACGAGAAUGUCAUAACGUAGUCCAGCGAGAAAGUUUGAAAGCAACUCGAAAUUU